ACAAUACUAUAUAAACACAUACAGGUCACAAAGAGUAACCACUAUCAAAUUUCUGUGCAAUUUUUCUCUCUUUUUCCUUAACAAUUACCCCCAAUACAUAUAUUUUGUCCUAUAAAACAAAAAUAAAAAUAAAAAAUAAAAAUCAUAUUUUCUCAUCUCCAGCAGAAAAAAAAAAAACUCCAUGGAUUAUGUUCAAUCUUCUGAACAACAUCUUUGCUAUGUUCGUUGCAAUUUUUGCAGCACUGUUCUCGCGGUUGGAAUUCCAUACAAGAGGCUAAUGGAUACUGUGACAGUGAAAUGUGGCCAUUGCAGCAACCUUUCUUUUUUAAGCACUAGACCUCCAAUUCAAGCCCAAUGCUUUGAUCAUCAACCCACUCUUCAGGGUUAUUGUGAUGAGUUUAAAAAUAAGGGCCAAGCUUCAUCAUCUGCUUCAUCAACUUCUAGUGAACCUUUAUCUCCACCACAUGCACAUUUUGUUGUAAAACCUCCUGAGAAGAAACACAGACUUCCAUCUGCUUAUAAUCGAUUCAUGAAGGAGGAGAUACAACGUAUCAAAACAGAAAAUCCAGAAAUACCACAUAGAGAAGCUUUCAGUGCAGCUGCUAAAAAUUGGGCUAGGUACAUUCCUAAUCCACCAAAAGGAUCCUUAUCUGAAAACACUAAUAAUGGUUAGAUGCAAUGCUGGGUUAAAAAUGAAAUAAAUAGGGAUUAUAUGUAAUAUUAAUGAUGUUUUCCAUUUACUUGGGAGAAACAUGUAGGAUAGUUAAAGUUUGCUGCAGUUGUCUUUAAUUUGUAUUGGUUGAAAGUUUUUAUCUUGGAAUUAAAUAUUCUAUUAAGUAAAAAUAAUUUUAUCCGGUUUGGACCAAUUUCAA